AUGCCUGCCAACGAAGAGCAGCAGCAGCAGCAAGAGCAGCAACAGACCGGGCCGGGGCCCGCCGAAACUACCCCGGAGGAGGCCGCCGCGAAGGCGCAGAGGCGGCGGGAGCUGAUGGAGGAGUUUUUUCGCCUGGAGGACGAGUAUAUAAGCCAUCUCGAUGUCGAGGAGAAACAGCGGCGCUGGAAUGAGCGGAGAGAGGUGCUGGUGAACGCUCUCGCGGCCGUUGACGAGUACAUCCGCCUCCAGGAGGAGAAUGGUUGGGAGGACGAGACCGAAGACGCCUGA